GGGGGGCGGGCUGGGGGCGAGCGCGAUGAGGAAAAAUAAAAAGAGAACCUAUAAACGCACACCGAACCUGCCUCUGGGAGGGAGAUAGCCAGGUGAAAACGGACUCUGUUUCCAUGGACAACCCGUCCAUUAUCACCCAGGUGACUAACCCCAAAGAGGAAGAAAUCCUGUCUUGCACUCAGGAUAAAGUGUCUCAAUGUAAUCUCAGUUUGAAGAAGCAGAGGAGUCGAAGCAUCUUUAGAACUUUCUUCUGCUGCUUCCGGGACUACAAUGUCGAGUCACCGUCUCCCAACAGCAUCAGCGUCCUUCCUCCAUUGGUGGAAGAAAAUGGCGGGCUUCAGAAGGGUGACCAGAUGCACGUCAUUCCCAUUCCAAGUCCACCAGCUAAAUACCUCCUACCAGAAAUGACAAUAUCAGAUUAUGGAAAGAAAUGUGUAGUCAUUGAUCUAGACGAAACACUAGUGCACAGUUCAUUUAAGCCAAUCAGCAACGCUGACUUCAUUGUUCCCGUUGAAAUCGAUGGAACUAUACAUCAGGUUUAUGUAUUAAAACGACCGCAUGUGGAUGAGUUCCUCCAGCGGAUGGGAGAGAUCUAUGAAUGUGUUCUAUUCACAGCCAGUCUAGCAAAGUACGCAGACCCAGUGGCAGACUUGCUGGAUCGCUGGGGCGUGUUCAGGGCCCGACUCUUCAGAGAAUCCUGUGUUUUCCACCGAGGAAAUUACGUGAAGGACCUCAGCCGCCUGGGGCGAGAGCUGAGCAAAGUUAUUAUAGUUGACAACUCCCCUGCGUCUUACAUCUUCCAUCCUGAAAAUGCAGUGCCUGUGCAGUCCUGGUUUGAUGACAUGACAGACACAGAAUUGUUAGAUCUUAUUCCCUUCUUUGAAGGACUAAGCAAAGAGGAGGAAGUCUAUACGAUGCUUCAUAAACUUUGCAACAGGUAGCCGACCCAGCUGGACUCGC